ACGUAAAUCUGGCGCUCCCGUUUCCUGGCGGAGAAGAUGGCGGCUCCUGGACCGGGGGAGUAUUUCAGUGUCGGGAGCCAUGUCUCCUGCCUCACCUGCUUGGGGCAGCAAUUGCAAGGAGAGGUCGUUGCCUUUGACUAUCAGUCCAAGAUGUUGACUUUGAAAUGCGCCCCCUCCAGUGGAAAGGCAAACGUCAGCGACGUGAUUCUGAUUAACUUAGCCUAUGUGUCUGAGGUGGACAUCAUUAAUGACCGCACUGAAACUCCUCCUCCACUAGCAUCUCUGAAUGUCAGCAAGCUUGCCAACAGAGCACGGUCGGAAAAGGAAGACAAGUUAUCCCAAGCAUAUGCAAUUAGUGCUGGAGUCUCUGUGGAGGGCCAACAGCUAUUCCAGACUAUACAUAAAACCAUCAAAGACUGCAAAUGGCAGGAGAAGAACAUCAUGGUGAUGGACGACGUGGUCAUAUCCCCACCUUACCAGGUGGAGAACUGCAAAGGCAAAGAGGGUAGUGCUUUAAGUCACGUACGCAAAAUAGUGGAGAAACAUUUUAGAGAUGUGGAGAGCCAGAAGUCGGUGCAGCGGCCACAAGCACAGCAAACACAGAAAGACUCCACCUUAUCAUCUUGAGCCGGAGUUAGGGGGUGUGGGAGGGGGAAUUGGUUGGGGGAGGUCACAACGUCAAAGGCAGUUUUGGUUUGUUCUUCUCUCUUCCCCCUCCCUUCAACAUCAGAGUUGUCCAACAUUUUGAACAGGACAAAAGGGGGUCCCAAUCGAGAGGGAAAUAUCCAGUUCAUUUUUAAAGAUAAUCUAACAAAAGUAAUCUCAAUUUGCCAUCAUUCCCCACCCACACCCCUCUUCUUGACCUCUUACCUUCCCUUCUGUUUCUUCUCUCCUCCUGCCGUCAAGCCUGCUCCUCACUUCCAUUUCACAGAGAAAAGUCACUUGAUUUCUAUUCAUUGGUUGAUCUAUUUUCUAGUCAUUUCUCGUAAAUUUCAACAGUAGAAAUUUAUGGUAAGAGUUAAAGGACCUUUUCUAAUAUUGAAAUACUGUUUUGACAAGAACACUAAUUUUAAUAGCUUUCUUGAAAGCACAUGGUUAUUUUUUUAACAGCUGACUGAAAGGAUGCCAAUAGUGACGCGUGUGAAUGGGAUGAAUGGGAACUCUCACAAUCUUACAAACAUGCACCCAGUAGGUUAUUGAAAUUGCGGUUUUCCCUCAACGGGGGAAACACUCAAAUUGUGUUAACAUUAUUAAUCUGACAUAAAAUAGACUUGAAAUACCUCCCCCAAAUUGUCCUUUCAGGAAAAAAUACAAUUUGUAAACACCCAUUUGGUUCUAGUAGCUUGAAAUAUUUUUCAUGAAAUGCUUUCCUUUUUUCCAAACAGACAUGACUGUCUGCUUUUACCCAUAAGCUCUUGCUGCAUGGUCCCACCUAAACUAAAGAUGCUCUGUUUUUCUGUGUAUAGUUUUAAGUCUGGAAGCUAAAGAUAAAGGGCAUGUGUUAUUUUAGAGUAGAGGCUGGGCUGUUUUCCUCUUCCCUUUCAUCCUUGUCCCUCAUGGUCUUUGAUUCUACAAUACAGUACCUCUUCCACGAUGGGACCACAUUGAAAUCCAGCUCUUUUCUUACACUCUCCAUCUCCCACUCCUAUUCUAUUGUCUACCGACCAUUGACACACUUUGGCAGGUGAAAUCUGCUCUUCCGCCCGACUCAAUGCAUUCCUCCCAUGUUUCGAACAAGAAAAAACAAAUUAAUUAACCACGUUGGCCAAUAUCAUAUGGCGUGCCACUGAACCGUGUGCGAUGAGAUCGAUCUCAGUUCUGUAUGGGAUGCUUUGUAUUCACUUUUGGAAAAAAUGUACUUAAAGAUAUCUUGCCAUGUUUGAGACUGGGAUGGGGAGCAGGUUUCCCAAAUGGCCCAAAGGCCCCUAUCCCAGCCUCGUGUUUAUAACAAUGUAGCCUGAUUGGAGGCUCGGCCAGUGGGGUUAAGUUGUGACAGGCAUCCGCGUUGUUUACCCGUCCACCGUGUGUCAACGAGGCUGCCGUUGCCAAGGUUUCCUUCCCAGUAUUUUAUUUUUUAUUUUUAAAUAGCUAGUAACAUGGAAAUAAAAAAAAAGGAGAAAAAAAACGAA